AUGUCCGCUCAAGCUACCUUUAAGUCCAUCAAGUCCCUCGUCCCUCUCCUUGACCGUGUACUUGUGCAGAGGUUCAAGCCUGAAACGAAAACUGCCUCCGGUAUUUUCCUACCCACCUCAGCGACCUCGACUCCUUUACCGGAAGCUACCGUCAUUGCCGUCGGCCCUGGUGCACCAAACAAGGAUGGGCAGAUCAUUCCUACGACGGUGAAGGCUGGUGACAAAGUGCUUCUCCCUGGCUGGGGUGGAAAUGCCAUUAAGGUUGGGGAUGAGGAAUACCACUUAUUCAAAGACUCAGAUAUCCUCGCCAAAAUCCAAGAGUGA